AUGACCGCUGUUCUGGAUAGCCUUGGCUCGAAUAUGCAUACAAACCAUAUUACCUCGAGCAGCUUCAGUACCGUUCACAAGUCGCAGGAUUCCCCAACAUUGCCGGUGUCAACUGUGACCGACAGCAACUUCUACAGUAGUUCACAGACAGGUCACUGCGCGGGGACAGCGUACGCGCAACUGGCAUCUUAUUCCUAUCAUCCUGGUACAGUGGGUAAUGUUCACUACAGCCCAAAGGCUUACGAUUUAGGCUAUGCUUCUUCCUAUGGCGCUUAUGGAACGUAUGGACCCAGUUCUUCACCAACUCCAACCGAACCAGAGAAAGAAGAGAGUGAGCCAGAGGUGCGCAUGGUGAAUGGAAAGCCAAAGAAAAUCCGGAAACCGCGAACCAUCUACUCCAGUUUUCAGCUGGCGGCUCUCCAGCGCAGAUUCCAGAAGACCCAGUAUCUCGCGCUCCCAGAACGCGCCGAACUGGCGGCGUCUUUGGGCCUCACACAGACCCAGGUGAAGAUAUGGUUUCAGAACCGACGCUCAAAAUUCAAAAAGUUGUGGAAAAACGGCGAGAUUCCAUCAGACCAGGUUGCUGCCGGUGACUCUCCCUCUAGCACUCCUCCACCACAAACAGUUUGGGAUUUCCCACCGAACCAGACACCGAACGACGGAGACACAGUUUCAGAGCAGCCCACUGGGCCACCAAACACCACCGCCCCAUCGUUUUUGACAAACUAUUCAUGGUACUCAUCCACGAAUCCAGUCACACAUCUACAGCCCAGUACCUUAAUACAACCUCAUCACAGCUCUGCCAUGAGUGCUGGGGCCAUAUUCUAACAGAGGACUAAAAUGGCCGAAUACACCUGUUGUAGGAGGAUAUUCUGUCACUGGACUUAUAUCUUAGGAAAACAUUAACUCAAAAAUCUAUUUUCAGGCUGGGUUUGCUAAAGAUGUUUGCUGUGGAAUUCUUUGGCGCCACUAAUGCG